AUGUCAAAAAAAUGCAAGUUUUUUGGUGCCGAUCCAAUCGAAGAAAGAAAUAGAAAAAUAUUUGAACCUAUCGGAAAAUACUUCAAGAUGGCAGUAGGGGCAAUCAGCGGUCUGAAAAACGCUUCUGUGCUUGGAUAUAAUGGUAACUGGCAUUAUCAAACUGUGCAAAUGCAGCAUGUGGAUCUUCUGACUUUUUUAAAAGAACACGUAGGAAUAAAGCAUGUUAUUGAUAUUCUACUUAUGGAUAACGAGGGUGCAGAGUACGAUAGCGCUCCGUAUUUUUUACGAGAUGGAAUCUUGGAUAGCAAUAAUAUCGUAGUGUGCCAGUGGACAUGUGAGUUUCAUGUAACGAAUGAAGCAAAUCAAAUGAAGCUUGCCGAUUUUAUUAUUAAAAAUGCAGCGGCUGGCAAAUACAUUAUGACGCGUCUGAGUACUGCUGGUCACAUUCGGAUUAAUUUUUUCAACACUGUUGACAAAGUUUGUUUGGAAAGGUAUUGGAGAAGAUGUGGUCGUUCAAAAAGAUAA